CGGCCGAGGCGGACGUCAUUCGUGUUAUUUUUUAUUUCGUCAAUUACUUUUGAUAAUCGUUAUUAUUUUUCUAAAUUAAAAACAUUGACUUUAGUGCGAGGAUUCGUGUGCAAGUGUUUGUUUUACAUUAUUCUAUAGUGUCGUCAAAGUUUUUUUUAACAUACGAUUGAUAAGUGAGCAUGUGUUGUGUUCGUAUUUAUUAUUAUGCGAAUGGAUUGCUUUUGCUACCGGCGAUAUAGUUUGACACACGAUGACCUGAACAAUUAAGAUAACAACUAUGUUUGUGGCUGGUUGCAAUUACAAGUGAAGCAAAAACCGGAAACAUGGGAGAUUAUUUGGACAAUAUACGACGUUCUGUAAUCAACGAUGCUCAAAAUUAUCAUUUAUAAGUACAUAAUGACGUUGGUGUUAAAGAUGGACGGGAUAAGGUUGGAACUGACCUGACAGAAGAUUUUAUAUACGGUGCUAAAGAUAUAAUAGUGGUUGUGAUUGAACUUCUAGAAAGUGAUGAAGUGUUGACUGUUAGUGGUGAAGGACUAUGAUGUCGCAGUGUUAGGACUGUAAAUAAUGCCUGAUCGGGAGUCGGUGGGAGGUCCUGGGAGUGCAGGCAGUGGUUUCCUACCACUACAGUUCCCCUCGGCGUUUGCAGCCUUCCAUGCUUCGACCCCACCUGGCACUCCUACUACGGCUAUGCAUCACGCUACACAUUAUCAUCAUCAUGCCCAGCUGGCAGCAGCGGCAGCGGCGGCAGCUGGUGCAACAAGUGAACUAAGCUAUCUUGCUGCCCUCCAUCCAGCGUAUCGCCCAGUACCUUAUGAUCAUCCGUUGUAUGGAGCAAAUACGUUAAGAGGUUUAGAAUACCUUAGUGCAGCAAGGAGCUUGCAUCCAGAGCUGCAUGCUGGCAGUACACUCGCUAGCCAAGACUUUCAACUUAGUCUAGAAGGUUCAAGAAUAGCCUCACCAACUAGAUUAAGGUUAUCAGGAGGUGCUAUAGGAGCAUCAGCUAACCGCAAGAGAGCAGUUUCCUGGAGUCCAUACUCAGCCGAGUCUCUGGACCUGGCAGCUGUGAUCAGGGCGUCUCCUGCCAGCCUGGCUGUGAGAGCACCUUCAGCAGCUUCUACAGGCAGCUAUGGACAUCUUAGUGCCGGUGAGUUUCAAGAUCAUUGGCACUCUUUUGGAGCAAUAUCUCCAGCUCUAUCUCUCUCGCACGCGUCUCUUGCGCAGCAGUUGCUGGCGCGGGGGGGCGUGGUGGGGGGAAGUGGGGUGCUGGCGGGAGGGGUUCUGAUGGACCCUGCCCACCAGCAGGCUGCAGCCGCCGCCGCGCACCACGCUGCGCAUGCGCACCUCGUGGCGGGGAUCCAUAGAUCUCACAUAUCAUCCCCGACACAACUCCUAAUGGGUGCUCCAGUGGACGUUCGGCCAGGUUUAACCCUGGACGGAACACCUCCUCAGCAUUUGCAGCAGCCCCCACAACAACCUGAGAUCACUAGCGUCAUGGAAGCUGAUAGUGCAUCAGGAAUGACGCAGCGGAAAUCCCCCCAAGGUCUGAUGGGUCACCGGGAGAACCACCAUAGCAACAAACCACUAUCAGCGGCUGCUGAGAGCACCGUCCAUGAUGGACUGGAUUCCAAGGAUGAACCUGGGGACUUCAUCGAGACCAAUUGUCAUUGGGUGGAUUGUAAGCUAGAGUUCCCAACGCAAGAUGAUCUGGUGAAACACAUCAAUACAGAUCAUAUCCACGCCAGCAAAAAGGCUUUCGUCUGCCGCUGGGUAGGAUGCUCCAGAGAUGAAAAACCCUUCAAAGCUCAAUAUAUGUUGGUUGUACAUAUGAGAAGACAUACAGGAGAAAAGCCUCAUAAGUGUACGUUUGAAGGCUGCUGUAAAGCAUACUCCCGACUUGAAAACCUGAAGACCCAUUUAAGAAGUCAUACAGGAGAAAAACCUUAUACUUGUGAAUAUCCUGGAUGCGCGAAGGCUUUCUCAAAUGCUAGCGACAGAGCUAAGCAUCAGAACAGGACGCAUAGUAAUGAGAAACCAUACGUUUGCAAAGCGCCAGGGUGUACGAAGAGAUAUACGGAUCCCUCAUCGUUACGGAAACACGUGAAAACUGUGCAUGGCGCUGAGUUCUACGCCAGUAAGAAGCAUAAAGGUUGCAGUCGUGGUGAUGAUUCAGCGGAAUCAGGUGGUGGUGGAGCAGGGUCUUCUCCCCGUUCUGAGGAGGGUGGAGUGCCCAUCGGUGUCAGAGGACACACAUCAUCAGCCUCUGUCAAGAGUGAAAGUCCAGCCUCACCCAUACCGCAUGGAUUGCAUACUCCUGCACAUCAGAUAUCUUAUUUCAUCCAUCAGCUAUCUGCCCAGUGUGGUGGGGAACUGGAUUUCGGUGGUUCUGGUUUGGGCGGCUUCGGGGAUGAGAACGGUGCUCCUUACUUCAGGCUGGAUGGAGAGGUUGAACAAGAAGUUGUAGGUGAAGUUGGUCAACUGCCCCUAAUGCUUCGAGCCAUGGUGGCUAUUGGAGAGCCGCGUGCGCAUCACCACGCGCCGAGGUUCGGAAACAAGAUGGCGGUCGCGAGAUUAAUGCCGCCACCACAUCCGGAUAUUGGCCCUGCAGGUGGACUACCAGGAAGAACUGAGCUUGGCAGCACCAAUGUUGCAGUAGAACUGAAGACAGGAGUUCCGAACACCAGGCGAGAUUCUGGUAUCUCAUCUGGUAGCAGUCUCUAUAGUGCAAGAUCAUCAGACAUAUCACGAAAGAGCAGCCAAGCAUCAGUCGUGUCGGGUGCGGUGGCGACCACGACAGGCGUCGCCGGGCCGCAGCGCCUAGUGUCACAGCACACUACUGUCUACGACCAACUCUCUCCUGACAGCAGUAGAAGAUCUAGUCAAGUUUCCUGUGUGGGUUAUGCCCCAGCGCCAUCAUCAGCACUCGCUGCUGUACAAGCCGUCAGAACAUCUCAAGGCAAUCAGGCUGUUCUUCUCCGAGGAGUGACCUGUUCAGAAGUACGAGCUGAGGAGUUAGCGCUGGAGCUUGACCCCAAUGUACAAGUGAAGGAGGAAGCCAGAAGACUGUCCGAACAGUCCAACCUGAGCGACCAGGCCCAGUACCAACAGUACCCUUGUGGAACUGAUGAUGUGGGUGAUGCUCCAUUCCCAUUCAAGACAGAAGAUGACCAAGACACGGUGACGUACAAAGAGUCUCGUUCUAACUCCACUAACACCGUCGUCAUCACCACGGCGCAGGUCCACCACCCCAACCAGGAGGUCAAUCUGGAACAGGUUGCCGAAGGUGAAAUGGUGGAAAAUAAGCUGGUAAUACCAGAUGAAAUGAUGCAAUAUCUUAACCAAUCAAUAUUGGCAACGGAAUCGGUAACACCAGCUAAAACUGACUCCACCAACCAACCUGAACAAGAAACCUCAAAAGACAAGGAAAGUGCUACCAAAGACAAUGCAACUAGUGACGUCCCUAACACAAACAAUUCCAGUGACAAAAUUAGUGAUGUAGCCACCAGUGACGAUUCUCUACUUAAAAACUUAGGUGCCAUAGGAAGUGAUCUCAACAUAAGUGAUAUUCCAGUCGAUUUAAGAUCUCUAGACGUUAGUAUGUCGGGUAACAGCGGCUCUUUGCUCAACUCCAAGUCGCCUGAUGAUAAGGGUACUCCCUUACAAGAACAAGUGAUACCAGAAGUUGUUCCAGAAAAAUGUGAAAAGGAGUACACUAAACCGCCUUCAAACAACGUACCAACGAACCCUUUACAGUCAUUGCAGACGAUGACUGCGAACCAAACAGAACAAACGAAUAGGAUGAGAGCAAAUCCAUUACCUCAGAAACAGAACGCGAUGAGUCCUAAAACUGUAGUCAUGAAUCAGAAUGUGUUAAGUCCACAGAACUUACCGCAUAGCAUGCUUAGUCCACAAAGCCUUCCUCAUAGUGCUAUGAGCCCGCAGAGUGUCAUGAGUCCUCACAACAUACCUCACAAUGUAAUGAGCCCUCCCAGUGUGUAUAACGUCAUGAGCCCACAAAGUGUCAUGAGUGUCAUGUCUCCCCAACAUAACGCAAUGAGCCCACAAAGCAUGCAAAGCUUAAUGAGCCCACAAAUGCCAAAUCAAAUGAUGAUGAGUCCAAGACACAACAACAUUGGCAGCCCCAUGUCACAGAACAUGGCUAGUCCUAUGGUUAACAUGGCAAGUCCAAUGGGCCAAAAUAUAGCCAGCCCACAUAGUCAUGGAAUGCCGAGUCCCAUGCAUCCAGGCCUACAAAGCCCUAUGGGACAAGGCAUGACAAGUCCAAUGGUGCAAAAUAUGUCCAACAUGACAAUGAACACGCAGGUUCCAAACCAAAAUCAGAUGAUGAACAUGAACAUGAACCAAGGUCAACAAAUGGCAGUAAAUCCAAAUUACAUGAACAACAGAAAUUGUAACGCCAAGGUACCGAACAGAAAUAAUAUGAACCAGUAUCACAAUCAACAAUACAACCAAGCUCCGCCUUACCCAGUACAGAAUCAGAACAUGAUGAGAAGCCAAAACAUGCAACAAUAUCAAAUGAUGCAACAAUACAAUCAAAACCAGAUGCCGAUGCAUCAAAUGGGCAACCAGAACAUGGUUUACAACAACCAGAUGAACUACCAACCAGUGAACUACACGAACCAAAGCAACCAGAUGCAUCCACUGCAAAUGUCGAGAUCAUCGAUGAUGAGUGUAGACAAUAGUGGUAACAUGAGCAGAGGGACGAUGAACAACUACUGCGAGCAGCAGAACCAAUGUCCGCCGAUGCAGAAUGCGCAAUACAACCAGAACAUGCAGUACCCACAACCACCGCCAUAUAACUCGGUUGUGAAUGCUGCCAAUGUGAUGGGACCACCUCCUCCGAAGAAUAACCAUCAGUACAAUCAAACCAUGUUGAACAACAACCAGUAUUACAACCAUCAGAGGCCGUAUAACCAGUGGGACUACCCAGGAAACCAGUUCAACAAGCACAACAUGCAGAAGUCUGUACAGAACUCCAUGAACAUGUCUACUGGUAGUCAAAAGCCGGGGAACGGAGCGAGGGUACCGAUGAAUCAGAAUCAGAUGAAGGGAGAACAGCAGACUGACUGCAGUAUGAACAGUUUGAGAAGUCAGAACAAUCCAACGAGUGAAGUCCAAGUGUGGGACAUUUCUCAGUCGCAGAUAGAAGCAAAUAAUGGAAGAAAAAAGAACCAAAAUGCCAACACCAUGAGACAAGAAACGUAUCAAAGGACUUUAGAGUACGUGGAAAGUUGUGAAAAUUGGAAAAGUUCGGAAAUGGUGUCGAGUAGUACGCAUCCCUUGCAGGGUGGUGACAACAUGGUUGUAAAUGAUCUGCAAACGUCAUUGUCUUCGUUUUAUGAAGAGAACCAAUACCUCCAAAUGAUUCAAUAAUUUUAACUAUACAUGGAAUUAUUUCUAUAGCUUUUUAUAGUGGUUUGUUUAGUCAAUGCAGAGUCGAUCUAAUGAACAUUUUUAUACAUAUUAAGUCUUAGUAAGCAACUGAUGUAAGUAAAAUAAGUAAUUUAUAAGAUCUGUUAAUGGUGCACAAGAAACUAAAGGUUGUUUUAAAACUCUUCUCUCGUCGAGACUGAUUAAUUUUAUUAUAAAUUGUAAGGUCUGUUCUUUUGGCAAGAUUUUCUGAGUGAAAGCUGAAAAAAAAUAUGCAAAGCCGAAUUCAAAGUCAAUGUUUUUGUAAGUCUUUGAUAUUUGGAUUUUGAAUGAAACGAAUGUUGAUACAAUACAUUUUGACAUUAAAGAAGUACAUUAGUUUUAAAAUAGUUGGUGUAAAAGACAUGUUUGUAAGCAAGAUUGUACAUAUCUAUUAGAUUACGUCUUCCAGUUAGAUAAGGUGCUUAUUAUAAUUAAUUUUACAUAUUAACUACUAUGUAUACAGGUGUGUAAGUGCCUUAAAAUGUACAUAAAGUGUUGUACAUAAAUAUGAGAAUCAGUGCCUUAAUGUCGAAGAUUUGUUCGGAGUAAAUAGUUUAUUGUAAUCCAUUUAAAAUAAUGUAAUUGGAGAUCUAUUCACAUGACUUGACGCUUUAGUAAAUACUGAUAUCUCUAGAUACUUACUUCUCUUUCGUUGAUAUAAAUACUGCUCAAAAACAAUUUCGUCAGAUUAUAAGAUAUCUUUGCAAAAGAAAAUGGUUUACGCCGCAAUUGUUUUUGCAUUUAUAUUAUGUAUAAAACAUUACAAGCAUAAAAAAGAUCUCUACAAAACAAGUGAUCUGCGAGAUUAUUAGUUAGAAAAUAAAGUUAAAAAAAUGCAAAUAAAAAUAGAAAAAUCAUUGUACAAAAUAUACGACCAUUUUUUAGAAUUUUUACAGAUCUGUUGUUGAAUUUUAAUCUUUAAGUAACUAUUGAUAAAAUUGUAAUUAGUUCAUUUUUAAUGUGUAUGUAAAAUUAAUUUUUAAAAUGAAAAUGGAUCUUUGUUUUAAUAACAUUGAAUCUCUUUCUUUUUAUUGAGAUUAUUAGUUGUAAGUAAUUGUUAAUUUUUAUUUAAACAGACCAACGCACAAGAUGGUUGUAGGAACUGUAUCUGUCUAAUAAAUUAUUUGUUUUUAUGUUUGUUUACGAACAAACUGGGCAUCUGUGACGAUAUUUUAAUGAAACUAUUAAAUAAAAUUUUCUUAUUAUGAAAGUA